AUGGCAACCACUAAACGGACUGCUGUGAACUAUGUCACAGAUCGCAAACUGGACCUUAUCAGAUUGCUCAAGGAUCUGACACUUAUUGUUGACAACCUUCAGCAGCAGAGAGUUUUCCUCAAUGAGGAAGUGGAAGUUAUUAAUAGUAAGGAGACAAGAAGUGACAAAGCCAGAGAAAUACUGGACAGAGUCGUUAAAAAGGGAGAAGCUGCAUGCUACAAGUUACUGGAGAUUCUGUACAUUACGAGACAGAGGACAUUACUGGAGCCUUCCUCUGAUUCAAAGGACAGACGGCAGCAUGACCUGUACCACUGGAUCAGCUGCUUCCCAUUCAAGGAAGACCAAGAGGUGGACACUGACAUCCUUGAAGUAAAGGACCUUGUGGAGAACCUCCUCCCGGAUGCAAAGAUUGUGACCACAUGCAGACCAGAUCAAUCGGAAGACUUCCUGACAGACUGGCCCACAGACUGGUUCAGAGUGGAGUGGCAGACGACGACGGAUAUCGACGUUUAUCUCAAAGAAAACAGAGAGAAAAUAUUGUCUCUGGCAGAAAUUGCUUUUGAUGCAACAAAUGAGAAAAACAUGAACUUGACAACACUGAGUUGUGAAGAAGGCAGUGUCCAUUUUGCAUUCUUGGGGGCAUUUAUGGUUAACAUUUCACCCACAGCAUCAGACACUUGCGCUGCAUUUCUCCAUUACACAAUGCAGGAGUUCUUUGGUGCCCUUUGGCUCUUACAGAAUCCAGACAAAAUCAGAGAGGUUCUAGAGAAGUGCCAGACUGAAGAAUGGAAACACACAAAACACUUGAUUCCUUUCCUGUUUGGGCUUCUGACUGAGAAGAAUAUGAGAUUGGUUAACAGUCUAGUUCCAGCUCAACAGAUCAAGAAGAUGUCAGAUUGGUUCUUCAAGGAAGUGGUGAACACAUUUCUUCCAUCUCAAACAAACCAAGAUCAUGUAGAAGGUGGUGAUCCUGAGUUUGAGAUAGAUCUUCUGUUUUUGUGUCAGUGCUUGUAUGAAUAUCAGUCUACUGAGGCCUGUCAGCUUUUCCUGGACAAACUCAACUACCAUCUAGACCUGAGUGGAGAACAUCUUGAUCCUCACCAGUGCUGUGCAGUCUCUUAUGUGACCAGUCAGUCUGCAGAGAGAAAGGUUGGAUUGGACCUGAACGGCUGCACUGUGUCAGACCAAGGAGUAAGGCUGAUACUGGGCUCUCUGAAGAAUGUCAGACAUCUUGGACCAUCCUCUGAUGAUUCAUCUGACCCCUCAAUGUUGUGUCAACUCUGGAAAACUUUGCUGAGCAGUGAGGCAGAGAUGGACUUCACCAGCUUACUUAGUCUCUGUGGAAAUGAGUUGCACCUUCCAGUCCAGGGUGAAGGACGAGUGUUUGAGAGAGCAGAAGAAGUGAUGACACAGAGUCUAGAGAGGGUUAAUCUCUGUGUACACUGGGAUCAGAGAACUGUUCUCAGUAAAGCUCUCAGCAAAACCAUCUUAAAGUGUCUACCAAAUAUCAACAAACUCAGGUUUACCCCUCUACAACAUCAGAGAGGAUCCCCUGAAAGACUGAAGACAGAAGAGAAAGCAGUCCUACUAGAUUUGUGUCUACAAGCAGCACUAGAUCACAGAGAAACAUUCCAGAGAACUGUGAACACACUGCUAUCACUGUUCUCUGUGUAUCAAACUGAGAGAUAUGACAUCCUGCUGGAUCUGUACUCUCAUGUGAAGUAUAAUAGGAAUCAAACAGCCAGGAGUAUCCUUCCAUCCUUGAAGCCACUUUACCAGUCAGCUUAUGCAGUCUGGUCCAUAGACCUCUCAGAGAGAAAGGCCUCCCUCCUCCUAGAAGUGUUGAAACUCCAACUAGAGAAGAAACCAGUAGAGCUGAAGGACUGGUCAGAUGAAAAGAGUGAAGUGAGGAGUUUCCUUCAGUGUCUGCCCUACAUCUCACAGCUGAGAUUUCUUCCACUGAAGGAUAACAUAAAGAGGAGAAAGAGAGAGAAGACGUUCCUACUGAAUCUGUGUCUUCAAGCAGUUCUCCAUGAGAGAGGAUCCAUACAAACAACUGUAGAGAAAGUGUUGUCGCUGUCUGAAGUAUAUCACAAUCAGAAAUGUGAUUUCCUGCUGGAUCUGUACUCACAUGUGAAGGACUAUGAGACUCAAACAGGCAGGAGUGUCCUUCCAGCAUUACAGACAGUUUACUUGUCAUCUCCUGCAGUCUGGUUCAUAGACCUCUCAGAGAGAAAGGCCUCCCUCCUCCUAGAAGUGCUGAAACUCCAACCAGAGAAGAAACCAGUAGAGCUGAAGGGCUGGUCAGAUGAAGAGAGUGAAGUGAGGAGUUUCCUUCAGUGUCUGUCCUACAUCUCACAGCUGAGGUGA